UCAAUGGAGAACAGAACCAAAGUGACUCAGUUCAUCCUGCUAGGACUAACAGAUAAUCCACAGUUGCAGAUUCCCUUCUUUCUAAUUUUCAUUCUCAUUUAUCUCAUCAAUGUGUUUGGGAACAUAGGCAUGAUCACACUGAUCUUGUUGGACUUCCGUCUCCAUACACCUAUGUACUUUUUUCUUUGCAAUCUGUCUCUGGUGGACCUUUGUUACUCUUCAGCUGUCACCCCCACAGUAUUGUCUGGGCUCCUCAUCAGAGAAAACAUCAUCUCAUACAAUGCAUGUGCUACUCAGAUGUUCUUUUUUGCAGUAUUUGUCACUAUUGAAAAUUUCCUCUUGGCUGCAAUGGCUUAUGACCGCUAUGCAGCAGUGUGCAAACCCCUCCACUACACCACCACCAUGACAGCCAGUGUGUGUGCAUGUAUGGCUGCAAGUUGCUAUGCUGGUGGUUUCCUGAAUGGCUGCAUCCACACCGGGGACACGUUCAGUCUCAUCUUUUGUAGGUCCAACGUGGUCCAUCACUUUUUCUGUGAUGUGCCAGCCGUCAUGGUGCUCUCUUGUUCUGACAGGCAUGUUGCUGAGAUGGCUCUUGUUUAUGCUGCAAGUUUCAGUAUCUUUUUGUCUCUUACUAUUAUCUUUAUAUCUUACCUGUUCAUAUUUAUCACUAUUCUAAAGAUGCACUCAGCUGAAGGAUACUGGAAAGCUUUAUCUACUUGUGGUUCUCACUUCAUUGCGGUCUCCAUCUUCUACGGGACAGUCAUCUUCAUGUACCUACAGCCCAGCUCCAGCCACUCCAUGGACACGGCCAAAAUGGCAUCAGUGUUCUAUACUAUGGUCAUCCCCAUGCUCAACCCUCUGGUCUACAGCCUGAGGAACAAGGAUGUUAAGAAUGCAUUCAAGAAGGUUAUUGAGAAAGUCAGAUUGUCUCUGUGCUAA